AUGGAUAUGGUGGUAUCUUUAAAGCAAACCCCUGAUGGGUUUUGCUCAUUUCACAGAGUUCAUAGGAACAGUACAAGAAAGAGUGGUACUUUUGGGGGUAGGGUUAGUGAUAAGGUUGGUCCCGCCACACCCAGUUCUGUGAGGGUCUUUGUGGGCUGCAGAACUCGGUUUCUUGUUCUGUCUGAUAGCAUUCAAUGUAGAAUACAUGAUGGUUACCAGAAACAUAGGCGAAAGCCUGUACUUGUUGCGUCGAAGGUUGAAACGCUUAGUUCCAAUGGUAGGUUGCAAAAUGUUGAAAAUACCCCACAUGGGAGUUUGAAUAAAAUGGAUUCUUCGAAUGGUUUUGAGGAAUUUGAGAGUAACAAUCAGCUCCGUAGACUGGUUAGAAAUGGGGAAUUGGAAGAGGGAUUUAAGUUUCUUGAGACCAUGGUUUAUCGUGGUGAUGUUCCGGAUAAUAUUGCGUGCACGAGUUUAAUCCGUGGGUUUUGUAAGAGUGGAAAGACAAGGAAGGCGACACGGAUUAUGAACAUUCUAGAAGAGUCCGGGGCUAUUCUUGAUGUUAUAACUUACAACGUUUUGAUUAGUGGGUUCUGCAAAGCUGGUGAGAUUGAUAAUGCUUUAAGGGUUUUAGACCGCAUGAGUGUUUCUCCAGAUGUUGUCACUUAUAAUACAAUCCUGCGUACUUUGUGUGAUAGUGGGAAAUUGACACAAGCAAUGGAAGUUCUUGAUCGGCAGUUGCAAAGGGAGUGUUAUCCGGAUGUCAUUACCUAUACCAUACUGAUUGAAGCAACUUGUAAGGAAUAUGGGGUUGAGCAGGCUAUGAAGCUUUUGGAUGAAAUGAGGAGAAAAGGAUGCAAGCCUGAUGUGGUAACUUAUAAUGUUCUUAUCAAUGGUAUUUGCAAGGAAGGGAGGUUGGAUGAAGCAAUCAGAUUCUUGAGUGAAAUGCCAUCAUCUGAUUGCCAACCAAAUGUCAUUACCCACAAUAUUAUUUUGCGUAGCAUGUGUAGUACUGGGAGGUGGAUGGAUGCUGAGAAACUAUUAGCUGACAUGGUUCACAGAGGCUGCUCUCCUAGUGUUGUUACUUUCAAUAUUUUGAUUAACUUCUUGUGCCGGAAGGGUUUAUUGGGUCGAGCAAUUGACAUUUUGGAGAAGAUGCCUAAGCACGGUUGUACUCCAAAUUCCUUGAGUUACAACCCAUUGCUUCAUGGAUUUUGCAAGGAAAAGAAGAUGGAUAGGGCAAUUGAGUAUUUGGAUAUAAUGGUUUCUCGGGGCUGUUAUCCCGACAUUGUGACCUACAAUACUUUGCUCACAGCCUUGUGCAAAGAUGGAAAGGUUGAUAAUGCGGUUGGGAUACUCAAUCAACUAAGUAGCAAGGGUUGCUCUCCUGUUCUGAUCACGUACAAUACAGUAAUUGAUGGGCUCUCAAAGGUGGGAAAAACAGAACGUGCCAUAGAGCUUUUGGAUGAGAUGCGCAAAAAGGGUCUAAAGCCUGACAUAAUUACUUAUUCUUCUCUUGUGGGAGGGCUUAGUAGAGAAGGAAAGGUUGAUGAAGCAAUUAAGUUUGUCCAUGAUUUGGAAGAUUCGGGUAUCAAGCCCAAUGCAAUUACUUUCAACUCCGUCAUGUUGGGGCUUUGCAAGGCUAAGCAAACUGGUCGUGCAAUCGAUUUCCUGGCUUAUAUGGUAUCAAAAGGAUGUAAACCUACUGAAGCAACAUACACCAUUCUCAUUGAAGGCAUAGCUAAUGAAGGCUUAGCAAAAGAGGCGUUGGAGUUAUUGAACGAACUGUGCUGUAGAGGGGUUGUGAAGAAAAGUUCUGCUGAACAGGUGGCAGUCAAGAUGUAG